UUCAUAAAUCUUAUCCCAUAUUAGUGACGUACUUAAGAUGGAAAAUUGCAAUCAUCAAGCGACUGAGAGCCAUUCGCGAUCAAUAUAUUAGCCAUUGUUGCAAUAAUAUGAUCUAGUUAAAAAUCCCCAUAAAAUAAGUCAAAUUGUUUAAUAACAAACCCUCAUACGCCACCGUCCGUCACGCUGGCCUGCGCCGGCGCACCAGCACAGCACGCCAGUCACCUGUCAACCCGCGCUCGACUCGCACGCGCCGCGUCCGUCCCAACUCAAACACAUACGAAACGAAACGAACGUUAACUAACACGACUAAUUACUAACCAGUGAUUUGAAAAAAAAAAUUGUGUCUGCGAGCGAUGAUAAAAUUACGCCUGUGAAGGCGAGAACGAAUCGAAAAUGUCAAUGUACAGAUUCGUAAAAGAAGGAGGCAGCAGCAAGCGCCUCUUUGUGCAAGGGACGCUCGAGAACGACGACUCGAAGCCUUUGAAGUCCAGCCUGAAGAAAUCGACACCGUCUCCCGUCGGCUCCCCUAUCACAACAAGCCUCAACUUGGCUUCCGUACCGAGGAGUCUCAGGGAGGGAUUAACGAAACACGAGACGGUGUACGAUGGCAACUACCCGGGCAUGGAAAGGACGUCAAGCUACCGAUCCGGAUCGUACCGUGAGGAGAGCUACAAUGGUCGGAUAGUCCACGACGGGAACCAAACUCACUUCGAGUAUGACGCGGCCGACGGCGCGCUGGCCGUGCCCUCCUCGGCCGGCGGCUACGGGGUGUCGGAACUGCAGGCGAUUCACACGAACAAAAGAUUGUCGACCGAGAUACUAGGCUCUUCGCUAGAGUCGACGAAGAUCUCGAAGAAAGAUGACAGCGGCCAGAGGCGAAUCACGACCAGGAUCGUGAAGAAGGUUACCACCCUCACGCGAGGGGAGGAGAAAGCCUCGGCCGAAGACCUGACGCGCCGCGGAGAGGCGCGCGAGGUACACAGGUCCGCCGAACACUACAGGCACGUGGAGAUGGAAGCGACUCACCCGCGAAGAGUGAAGAUCUCUGACAUCGUUGUGGGCCAAGAACCAAACGUGACAGCCCGCGAGGCGCUGCUGAGCUGGGCGCGGCGCUCCACGGCCAAGUACCCCGGCGUGCGGGUCACGGACUUCACGUCCUCCUGGCGCGACGGGCUCGCCUUCAACGCGCUCAUACACAGGAACCGGCCUGAUCUGAUAGACUGGCGUAAUAUCAGGUCAAGGCAGGUCCGCGAGCGAUUGGAGACAGCGUUCCACGUGGUCGAGAAGGAGUAUGGAGUCACCAGGCUACUCGACCCCGAAGAUGUGGACACCCACGAGCCGGACGAGAAGUCCCUCAUCACGUACAUCUCGUCGCUGUACGAGACGUUCCCCGAGCCGGCGGCCGUGCACCCGCUGUUCGACGCGGAGUCGCAGCGCCGCGCCGCCGCCUACACCGAGCAGGCGGCCGCGCACCGCGCCUGGCUGCACGAGAACAUUGCGUUACUGCAGGACCGUGCUUUCCCGUCAACUUUGAUCGAGAUGAAGAAGCUGCUCAGCGAGAGCACGCGGUUCCGCAGCGAAGAGGUGCCCAUCAGGCAGCGGGAGAAGCAGAAGUUGUUCCACCAGUACAGGGAGUUAGAGAAAUAUUUCGAAUCGGUGGGAGAAUGCGACAUAGAACCGACGCUCCGACCGGAGGCCCUGGAGCAGGCGUGGGCGCGGCUGCUGAUGGCGCAGCAGGAGCGCGAGCGCGACCUGGCCGACGAGAUCCGCCGCCUCGAGCGCCUGCAGCGCCGGGCCGAGAAACUGCACAGAGACAUCAAACAAACAGAGUCCGGCCUCGACAGCGUGGAGCGUCACAUCGAGAGCGAGAUCCGUCGCGUGGAGCGCGGCGUGCACCCGGCCGAGGCCAAGAUGGCGGCCGAGCAGAUCGAGCAGGAGCUCCGCACCAUGGAGAACACCAUUCACGAGAUGUUCCAGGACGCGCAGGCGCUCAAGGAGGGCCGCUACCCGCAGGCCUCUGAUCUACAGCGACGCGUACAACAAAUCCACGACCGCUGGCUGAGCGCACGCCAAGCGUUCACGGGGCGGCUGCUGCCGCGCCUGUCGUCCGUGCGCCUGCCCGUGCAGCAGACCACCGUGCGCCGCGAGACUCGCACCGUGCUGGAGACGCGCGUGCACGACGCCGACCCGCUGUUCCAGCAGCUGCACGACGCCACCAAGUGGUGCAAGGACCGCCUGAAGAAACUCCACGAAGCAGAGUACGGAUCUGACCUACCCGGCGUGCAGCACGAGCUGGACAAGCACCAACGCGAGCACAAGACCAUCGACCAGUUCCAUUCUAAGGUGGAGCAGUGCGUGCACAACCGCGCCAACUUCUCGGGCGAGGAGCUGACGCUCUACAACCAGCAUCUCAACCAGCUGCAGAAGCUCUACGCUGAGUUGCUCUCUACUAGCACCAAACGCAUGUCGGACCUGGACGCGCUGCAGGAGUUCCUGCAGAGCGCCACGGCGGAGCUGAACUGGCUCAACGAGAAGGAGCAGGUGGAGCUGUCGCGCGACUGGGCCGACCCGCACAUCAACCUGCCCGCCGUGCAGCACUACUAUGAGCAACUGAUGUCAUCGCUGGAGAAGAGAGAGCUCCAGUUCAGCAACGUGAUCGACCGCGGAGAGGCGUUGAUCGCUCAACACCACCCGGCAACGAAAACGAUCGAAGCGCACUUGCAGGUGAUGCAGUCGCAGUGGGCGUGGGUGCUGCAGCUAACGCUGUGUCUCGAGACUCACUUGAAGCACACCACGCAGUACCACAACUUCUUCGAGGAGGUCAAGGAGGCCGAGAAAUGGAUACAGAAACGCGAAGAAGCUCUAAACUCGACCUUCUCGCAGUCAGAGUUCACCCUCGACCAGGGCGAGCGCCUCCUGAAGGGCAUGCAGGAGCUGCGCGAGGAGCUGAACGCGCACGGCGGCGUGGUGUCGCGCCUGGUGGAGGAGGCGCAGGCCGUGAGGCCGGUCAAGCAACGUCGGGCGCCCGUCACGAGGCCUCUGAGGGCCGAGACUGUGUGCGCUUACAAACAUGCCAAUAUCGCGAUCGAGAAGGGCUCGGCGGUGACGGUGGUGGACAACUCGGGGCGCUCGCGCUGGCUGGUGCGGCUCGGCGGCGCGGGCACGGAGGCGCAGCUGCCGGGCGCCGUGGUGGCGCUGCCGCCGCCCUGCGCGCUGGCCGCCGACGCCGCGCAGCGCCUCCGCAACGCCUACGACCGGGUGAUCCAGCUGUGGCAGCGGAAGCAGCUGCGCAUGCGGCAGAACAUGAUCUUCGCCACCAUCAAGGUGGUGAAGGGCUGGGACUUCCCGCAGUUCGUGGCCAUGGGCGCGGAGCAGCGGCAGGCCAUCCGGCGCGCGCUGAACGAGGACGCCGAGAAGCUGCUGGGCGAGGGCGACCCCGCCGACCCGCAGCUGCGCCGCCUGCGCCGCGAGAUCGACGACGUCAACCGCCUCUUCGACGAGUUCGAGCGCCGCGCCCGGGCCGAGGAGGAGAGCAAGAAUGCCGCGCGCAUCUUCACCGAACAAUCGUCCACCCUGCUGGAGCGCCUCGAGGUGCUGGAGCGGCAGCUGCACGAGCGCAUCGCGAGCCACAUCCCGCGCGACCUGGACUCGCUCGAGCACCUCGUGCUGCAGCACAAGGACUGGGAGAGCUCCGUGCACGCGCUCACCAGCCACGUCGAGGAGGUGCAGGCCACCUUCAGAGGCAUUGCCCUAAAGACACCAGCCAUGAAGAAGAACCUCGACAAGGUCAUGGGCAAGUGGAACGACAUGCAGUCCAAGAGCCAACUGUUCGUCGAAAGGCUAAAAUACGUAGAAAUCGUGGUAAACAGCAUGGAAGAGAACCACCAGAGCAUCACCGAAUUCGAAAUCAAGCUCGCGCAGUUCAACGACUUACCCAACGACAUCGAACUGCUAAAAGAUAUGCACGAAGACCUGCUCCGCAUGCAAGUAGCCGUGAGCAAGCAGCAGAUCCAAGUGGAGCAGAUGAACGACGACGCGGAGAACUGCCGCCGCCUGGUGGAGAGCUCGCGCGCCGCGCUGCCGCAUACAUCGCUGCCGCGCGCCGGCAAGCACGCCGACCUCGAGCGCCUCGACAAGGAGGUCGCGCAGCUCAACACGAGGUGGAACAACGUGUGCCAGCAGCUGGCCGAGCGCCUUCGAAGCUGCGAAGCCGCAUACCAACUCCUGCGCAACUACAACGCAGGGCUCGAGAAAGAAGCCGAAUGGAUCGACGACUCGUUCGGCAAGCUGCAGGCGCAGCCGCCCAUCGAGGUGCGGCCCAAGGAGCAGUUCGAGCCCACCAGGAAUCUACUGACCAGUGUUGUGGAGCGAACGCCAAAGAUAGAGAAGGUUAACGUUGACGGUGGCAGAUUCAUAAGAGAGGCGAAGAUCCACUCAUCGAGAUGCCAGCGUUACGCCGAAUGGCUGUGCGACGAGGUGCACCCCUCGCUCGACAUGAAACAAGUGAAGCGGCAGGCCGAGCUCGACCAGGCCGAGAGACACCGCAGCAGGAACAAGCCCCUGCCCGAGCAGAGCGGAGCGGAGAACGUAGCCAGGGAACUGGAUGACCUGAACGCCAAGCACCAAAGAUUGUUGGACAUGCUCUAUGAAAGAUUGAGGAGGAUCGCCGCCGCCAACCCUGGAGACAUUGUCACAUUGCGUCUCGUGGAGGCGAUGGCGCCGCGCUCCGCGCGCUCCUUCCGCCAGGAGUUCAAUAUGCAGGACCUGGCCACCUCCACCGAGCACACCUACACCUCCACAUACACCUCCGAACAAUACGUCAGGACGUCACAUUCGACAGAGCUAGACGGGCACACGCCCAUAUCUAACGGCAAACUAGUCUCGCCUAACUAUACGACCAAAACUAUCAUCGAAGACGACAGACCUGACAUAAGGAAUCUCAAACGAGUACACAAAAUGUACGAAGGCCCUAACAUAAUAGAGUCCAGAGGUAUCGUCCACCCAGAGACGAAAGAAAUACUCACAGUCGGACAAGCUAUAAACAUGAGAAUACUCGACGUUCGGACGGGCAGAUUACUAUCAUCGCCCGAAACGAGACAAACUAUGACAAUAGAGCAAGCAGCGAAGCAAGGGCUCAUAGAUCCCAAACUCGCUGCGAGGUUAACAGGACCUUGUGGAGUAACAGAAGACGGAAACGAAGUUACCUUACUGGAAGCAAUCCAGAGCGAACUAUACGACGCUGAACAAGGACUGGCGGACCCAGCGGAAAAGAGAAUAAAGGUAACAGUUCAAGGGGAUAGACCGAGCACACAAGGAAUGAGUAUCUCCGACGCCCUCAACAGGGGACAAGUCGAUCUACAGAACGGUCUCUACAGACUGCCCAAUGGCAGCUACAUAACCAUCGCCGAAGCGUACCAGAGGGGUUACCUCAUCUACAAUGAGAUUAUCAAAAUAAAGUCUAGCGUUCUAUCUUUAUCUGACGCGAUUAACCAAGACCUUGUUGACAACAACGGUUGGAUUUUGGACAGAAAUUCGGGCGAUAAGUUCCAAUUAGAUGUCGCCAUCAAAAAUGAAUUAAUCAACCCCAACGUAAGGGAAAUCGUUGAUCCUAAAAAUGACGUUAAAAUAACGCUUGCUGAAGCGAUAGAGAAAAAUAUUAUAAACACUAAACAUUCGAAAUACGUACACAAUGUAACUAAAGAAAAGCUCUCUUUCAAAGACGCGGCGAAUAAGCGCUUUAUUUGCAAACCUAUGACCCUUAAAGACGCUUGUGACCAUAAUUUAAUGACAAACGACGGCAAAAUUCUUUCGCCGGCUAAAAGAACACCAUUGAAUAUUUUGGAAUCUAUUUCAGUAGGUGUAUUAGAUAGCGAUAACGUAAAAUGUGUAACAGAUACUAAAUCUGCUCAGUUACUGACCUUGUCGGAAGCACUAGGCGCGUUAAUCAUUCAACCCGAUAGCAAGUUCCGAGAUAAUCUGACAGGAGAAAUCUGCUCCAUUCCUGAAGCAGUCGACCGCGGUUUGAUCACGUCUGUGUCCCAAAGGUCUAUUUUCGAUAUCGAUGGUUUCAGGGACCCAAAAACAGGCGAGUUUGUCUCAUUCAACACUGCCAUGAGCCGUGGCAACCUUAAGUAUGUCAACGGCGAAACAUUCCUUAGAUCGGAAAGCGGUGAUUUCGUUUACCUGGAGGACUGCACGAAAGUGUCCAUUGUUAGGCCUGAAGUAUUAGAAAUGUUUAAUCGCAAGAUAGGUAUUUACGAAAACGGAAAAGAGCUCAGUGUUCUAGACGCAGUGUUUAAAAAUAUUCUAGACCCUAAAACAGGUUAUUUGCUCGAUGCCACUACCAAAAGACCCAUUCCUUUUAAUCAAGCCGUCGAAAUUAACAUGAUUACUCCCGAAGGAGCGGCAUUGUUGAAUUCUCUCCUUAACAUUACUCUUACGUUGCAAACUGUCACAAAAACUGUCAAAAGAUACGUUACGGUUACCAAUACAGAUACUUCACAAAGAUCUGAAACAAUUAUUACUUUCGCGGAGGCCGUAAGACGAGGUCUCAUUGACGAAACCACCCAGACGUUCACAGACCCGCUUACCGGUACCGUUUUCCCCAUACAACAAGCUUUGGAUGAAGGUUUAUUAGGCGUAGAGAAGAACGAACCCCGCGUUAUCCAAUUACAGGAUCGUAUUAAUAAGAAAGACCUAGCACCGGGGCAAGUAGUUGAAUUUAAAAUUACGAAAAAAUCUUAUAUUCAGGACUUGCCGGUUAGUCCUGAAAGCAAAGUUCAAGGAGACUCUCGACCUGAAACCAUCAAGAGUCCCGAGCACAUAGUCCGUGAAACCGUUCAUCCGUCAAACAUCACGUUGCACGAAAUUAGAUCAUCAAAGUCAAUUGUCACGGAGCCGACAGUAACUUCAAUGACUAUCAAGAAAAAUACGAUAGAGCUACCUCGUGGUGGCUGGUCCCUCAAAGACGCGAUAGAUCAGCGUUUGUUUGACCCUGAAUCAGGAACAUUUACUAUUCCAGGAACUGACAGAGUCCUCGACUUUGAAGAGACAUUAAAACUAAACAUAAUCAAUCCUGAUUCUGCCAUGGCAAUCGACCCUAAAACUAAGAAACAAAUCCCUCUAGAUAAGGCUCUCGAAUUCCGUGUUCUCGAUAACACCGGACGAUACAAGCAAAUUUCGGGAACACUUAGUAUGAAAGUAGCAAUUGAAAGAAAACUAAUAAUCUUCUUACAAUCUUCUAUAUCUAUGUCUUCGCAGAAAGUUAUAACUAUCACGUCAGUAGCCGGUAUGCCUGACAAAAUGGAAAUUUCAGAAGCACGUGACUCUGCUUCACCUUAUGACGUAAGCAAAGAAGAUCAGUCUGCGCUUGAACCCGUUCAAGUAACCACUGGUGUUAUAUUUGACCCAGCUACUGCUUUAGUCAUAUCAACCUCGUCUGGUAUUUCAGAAAACGUUUUAGAAGCCGUCGAUAGAGGUGUAGUACCGGCAAAUACAGUAAAGGUCGUUGAGCCACAAACAGGCAUCCCUAUAACGCUUAACCAAGCGAUAGAACGAGGUAUUAUUGAUAAGAAAACAGGGGAAUAUAAAGAUAAAUCUGGUAAAAAAAUGAGCCUUACGAAAGCCGCUCAGAUAGGAAUCAUUGCGGUGGCCGGAGCACCACUAGUAGGUGCUUCUAAAAUUAUUCAAGUCGUUAAAAGCACUAUGGUCGUAGAUCCACGUACUGGACAGAAAGUGCCAAUGGAAGUAGCAUACGAAAGAGGUUUGGUCGAUGCGGUUACUUUUAAGAAAUACGAGGAAUCUUUAAGAGACAAGACACCUGACAGUGACUCCACCGAUAAUGCUCAUAGAGUGCCUGGCUCUAGCACAACAAAAGUUUCUCAAGUUACAGGUAAACAAAUUUCUGUAGGAGCUGCCGUGUCGGAAGGCUUUAUUACAGUAGAAACUAUCCAGAACAGUCUCUCAGCCGAUACUAGACGUGUUACGGAGAUACCUGCCGACAAGGAUAAAGAAUUUAAUACCGCAGAUAUAAUUCAAGUUGCUAAAGCUACCCAAAAACCAAAGUACAGCGUCAAUGUAGCUAAGGAAAACAUAGUUGAACAGUUUGAAACAAAACCAAUCGUAUUACAAAAACUUAGAAAACAAGUAGUUACGCCUUUAGAAGCGGUUGAAAAAGGUCUCAUUGACAAAGAAACAGCUACCAUUUUGGAAGCUAUCCAAGUCUACAAAGAUGAAAGUGGGUCACCUAUGACCCUUGAAAAAGCCAUCCAAAAGGGCUUAAUAAAUGAAAACACUGGUAAAAUCAUAGAUCCCCUUCAUGGUGAUGCUGUCACUAUUAAAGAAGCCCUGAAAAGAGGUUUGUUAGACGGAGAAGGUCAAGACGAGAUUCUGAUUCCCCUGGCCAAGAGUUUAUCUAUCCCUGAAGUUUUAGAACAAGGAUUAUUAAAUCCUGCAACUGGAAAAAUAAUCCAUCCAGAAACCGGAAGCCAAUUGACACUACGAGAAGCAAUCAUUUGCGAAAUAGUUGAUCCUCUUUCAAUGGUGACCAUUUCUCCAGGCAGAAAAAUAACACUAGCCGAAGCUAUUGAAAGGAACAUCAUUGAUAACGACAAAAAUAUCCUUAAAACUAACGACGGUUCACUAGAUUUAGUCGCGGCCGUCAAUGCAGGCGUAUUUCCAGAGCCUAAGAUUGUGAAGUCAUCCGAAAAUAUUCCACCUGCUGCCAUGACUCUCUCAGUUGCUAUUAAACAAAACGUUAUUAAUCCUAAAACUGGUGAGAUCAAGCAUCCUCUAACAGGAAAAAUAAUACCUGUUCAGGAAGCUGUUAAAAAGGAUCUCAUAAUGGCUAUACCGUACCCCCAAUCGGAGGAAACUAUAACACUGGAAGAAGCUUUAAAUAAAGGCACAGUAAAUUUGAAAGACGCCACUUUCACAGAUCCAAAAACAAAAGAAAUUAUUCCUUUAGAUAAAGCGAUGGAACAAGGUCUUUUGGCAGUCAAGCCGAAUACAGAAAUAAUGGGAGGCGUAGUUACAACAAUUACUGAAACCUUUACGUCUCAACAUACAAUAACAACAAAAAUGAUCGAACUGUUAGCCGAUUAUGUGCUGGUAAACGCCAAUGAAGUACAGAAUACUAAGACUGGAGAAGUUAUCACAAUAGAAGAGGCACGAGAAAAAGGCAUAGUUAGAGACGAACAGGUUAGCAAAGAACAAUUUAUAACCAGCGAUACAAACAUUAGCUUCGCGGAUGCGCUCACUCACGGGUAUAUUAACAUUGAGCAAGGUACGUUCACUCAUCCAAAUACUGGAGAAACCAUACCUAUUGCUGAAGCUGUAAGCACUGGGUUAUUAAAUACUGAGGUACCUAAAGAAGUAACUGAACCCAAACAGAAAAACGUAAUGGAAAUGCUUGACUUAAAUGAAGCAUUCGAUCUUCUGUACGAUGAAAGAUCACAGAAGUUUAGAGAUCCCAAAUCUCCAAACAAAACUAUUACAUUUAAGGAGGCUUUGGACAAGAACAUCAUUAACCCUGACUCGGUAAUUUACAACAUUGAAGCUGGCCAGCCAGUUACUUUAAGAGCUGCCGUAGACUCGGGUCUGAUCGACAAGAAGACAGGUAAAUUAAAGGAACCGAAAACCGGAAAGUCAAUCGACGUUAAAAACGCGGCCAAAAUGGGCUUAGUAGCCGUAGUUGCCGCUCCCGUACUUGCUGGUAUGGCCGUGGUUCAAGGAGCAAAGUUAGUAACAAGUAAAAUUAUGAAACCAAGACAAGAAACCGCCCAGGUGACAGAAACGCAAGGCCGAAUUAUUAGUGAGAAAUCACUCAAAACAGUAGACAUGCAUAAAAUAGAAGAGCCAACGAAAUCUAUAGUCGAACAACACGAAGUAGCUCCUAAGCCAGCAGCAGUACCAGCCAAACUAUCUCAAUCAAGGGAAGUCAGUGUAGAAGAAAUUAAGCCGGUAACCAGUCAAACAAUUGUAAUAGAAAAGAAAACUGAUGUAGAAGCCAAGACUACCAAAGCUCCUUUAAGCAAGAAAGACGAGCCUACACAGUUCGAAAAAGAAUACAAUGUUGUAGAAACUAAAAAGUCGAAAGAAAUACUAACAGUAACUAAGACUGCUGAUACUGAACCGAUAAAGAAAACGUCGAAGGAACAGAAAUCAAAAGAAACUUCUCCUAUUCAAGAAACGCUUAAACCACAACAAGCCAUAUUGGAAGAAAUAGUACAGCAAAAGUUGCCCAAAGAGAAUGAUAAAAAUCGUGUGACAGAUAAGCCUGUCAUAGUAACACAAGGACAAAUGCCAGAACAUUCACAUAUUGAUUCUGUUAUUCACGAAACACCUGUUGCAGAUGUAAAACAGCAAAGCAAACAUCAUCCAAAGCAAAUACCCGGGCAGUUGGUUCAAACUCUCGAAGAAGGGCCAGUUAUACAAGAAAUCCGAAAGACGACCCCGGAAGGCGAUGAAAUAACGACUAUUAUUAAAACUGUUGUGACUACAUCUGAACCUACUGAAUACGUUACGGAACACGCCACUAGUACAGUAGUCACAAAAUCCUCUAAAGUAACAACAGUUGAAAUAACACAGAAUGAAUCAUCAUCUUAUCACGUAAUCAGUGAAGAAGUUUCUAUGCCUCCUAGUUAUUCUGAAACUACUAUUGAGAGCUACGAGACAGAAUACUCGGAAGCUCCUGAUGAUAGAGAUAAAAUAAUAGUAGACAACGUAGUUAUAGACAGGGUAACACCAACAAAAUCAAAACCGGUUGAAGAACCCAAAGACCUAGCCUACAAGGAGGGUUCGCCGUCUAAAGACGAUAUUGCUCCCAAAAAGAAAAUCCAAAAAUACGAAAUCUCCUCUAAAGAAAUCACAAAAGUAGUACAAGAAGUACAGUCAGCUACACCAGUGGAAGUGGCUCCGGGCAUAGUAUAUGAUCCUAAAACAGCAGCCGUAAUUUCCACUGAAACGGGCUUACCAGAUGAUUUAUUGAAAGCUGUGGAUAAGGGAACGAUAUCCAAAGAUGCUGUUAAAAUUGUUGACCCCAAAACAGGUAAGGAAAUUACAUUGAAGGACGCCAUUGCCAAAGGUGUAGUUGACAAGAAAACUGGAGAAGUCAAAGAUAAAUCGGAAAAGAAAAUUAGUUUUGCAGACGCUGCGAAACUUGGACUAGUGGCUGUUGUUGGAGCUCCAAUAUUAGCAGUUACAAAAAUAGUAGAAGUUGUGAAAAAUACUUCUAUAUUAGACCCCAAAACGGGCGAUAAAGUUACCGUUGAAGAAGCCCAUCGACGAGGUUUAAUUGACCCAGACACAUACAAACGUACAAUUGAAGUUGUAAACGUCCAUACAACACCUGCACAUGGAGUUGAAAUAAGUGAAAUUACUCCAGCUGAGGCACUGGCAAUUGAAAACUCCUCUAAGGGGCCUAAAAUGACGGCUGAAAUAGAACAAAUUUCUACUAAAACAUCAACACGUCCAGGUGAAGUAACUAUCACAACAACUACGCAAUAUAAACCAGUAGAAUCAGUGACUACAACAUCGUCAUCAGUAGAACACAAAACUUUGGAAGUCCUGGUCACCAAACAUACAUCUAUUGAACAUGACCCUAAGACAGUAUCGGCAAUGCUCAUUGACGCUGAAAGACAACCUCUGAGAGUCAUCGACGAAAUUACGGAACAAAAUGUCACAAAAGUUAAGUCAGAACCAGUGCAGAUCCUUUACGAAAACAUUCCAUUAAUAGACGCAAUCAUGCAAGGUAAGAUUGAGCCUAAAGUAUGUAGAAUUAUUAUUAACGGCAUUGAGUCACCUUUAACGGUACAAGAUUCAUUAGAGCAGGAACAAAUUAGUAGAUUUACCCCCGUAGAUGUAGUGUCGAAAAAUGUAGUUAUAGUCAGAGAGUCCAAGCCAAAAUAUAACGUGGCCAUUUCACAGAAGCUCACUCCUGAAGAGCUUUCUGAAAUGGGUGUCUACGACAUAGAAAAACAAAUAUUUUUGAAUCCCAAGACUGGUGCCAAAAUAUCCUUCGAAGAAUUAGUUUAUGGAUUGCAAAUUUUCGACCCUGAGAAUAUUUUAGUCAAAGAUUUAACUUCCAAAUCAGAUAACUAUGUUCCAUUCGAUGAAGCAAUCGCACGACCAAUUAUCGAUAAAACGACUGGUCAUAUGGUUAAUCCAAAAACUGGGAAACGCGUUUCUUUCUUAGAGUGCGUACAAGUAGGCUGGAUUGUUGAGAAACCUGAAGAUGUGUCGGUACCUGAACAACUUACUAUAGAAUCGGCUUUAGAACAAGGAUUGUAUAAUCCUACGACCGGUGAAAUUAAGGACAUCAAUACUGGUUCAUUGGUACCCAUUGGUUCAGCGGUUGAAAGCGGUCUUGUUGAUAAUGAAUCACUACUAAUUAGAGUACCUCAUUCAAAUGAAAGCAUAACCUUGUCCGAUGCCAUUGAACGCGGCAUGGUUGAAGUUCGACAUGGCGUUAUAACGAUUAUUGAAACUCAAGAAGUUAUAGAUAUAACUGUCGCCAUACAACGAGGUUUAAUUAUCAUCUCAAGAAGACCGAUUUCAAUCGAAGCAGUUAUUGAGAAUGACAUGUAUGAACCCGAAUCUGGAAAAAUUAAAGACAUCGCAACGGAACAACUCGUUACUGUUAAAGAUGCUGUGGAUAGAAACAUAGUUCAUCCUACCAUUUCUGAAAUCAAAGACACGCAGUUAGAUAAGUUUGUACCGUUAUCUGAAGCUCUUGAGACUAAACUUAUCAGUCCUGAAACAGGUAAACUUGUAGACAAAAAGACUGGAAAACACAUUCCAUUAGAUGAUGCAUUGAAAAAGGGUUUAGUCGCCACCAAAGCGGUUACUUACUCCUUAUUCGAUGUCAUCGAGUUAGGUUAUUAUUCCUCCGAUUCGUGCAAAAUUUUAGACCCUAAAACUGGUCAUACCAUUCCCCUUAGCAGAGCGAUUACACAAGGACUAGUUGAUCCUUCUGAUGUUAAAAUUAAAGAAGAUAAAUCGGAGGCAGUUGUGCCUUUUGACCAGGCAGUAAAAUCUGGACUGAUUAACUUAGAAAAAGGAAUAAUUACAGCGCCAGUUCUAAACCUCAAAGACGCGAGUGAAAAGGGCUACUUGCUAAGUGACAAAAAGCCAUGGACGUUGCAGGAAGGACUGGUACAAGGCUGUUACGAUCCAGAUACUGGCCUAUUAACCAUUAAUAACGCUACUAUGACUCUCGAAGACGCUAUUAAAAUCGGAAAUAUUAAUCCAGAGGCCAUGACUGUCAGGAACUCUGUAACUGGUGAUAUGAUAUCUCUAUCCGAUGCUAUUAAGGCAGGCAUCAUUGAUUCUAAAGAGGGUAAGGUUAGGGAUCCAAUUCAAGGAGAUAAGAUUUCUUUAACAGAUGCAUCCGAACGUGGUUUAAUAGUCCCAGCCAAACGCAAGUUAAGCUUGCCUGAGGCAGUUUUCAAGGGUUAUUAUGACCCUAAAACUGGCAAGUUCUCACAUCCUCAGAGCAAAGAAAAGAUUCCAACUGAUAGAGCUAUUAAGAAACGCAUGUUAGAUCCUCAGUCCACCUUAGUUCACGCUGGUGGAAAGGUAAUUCCGUUUGAAUUUGCAGUAGACAAAGGUAUUGUAGACAGUAGGACAGGUACAAUCAUAUUGGGUGACGAAAGAAUAGAUUUCCGCGAAGCAUUUGAACGGGGUAUCUUGGUUGAAGUUAGAAAACCGCUUUCUCUUAUCGAAGCCAUCGAAAAGGGUGUUUACAAUGAAAUAACCGGUCUUUUCAUGGACCCUCAGAGCGGUAAGAAAUAUACCCUAACCGAGGCUAUAAAACUGAACCUAAUCGAUCCGCAUUCAGUUCAUAUUCAAGACAACAGGUUAGGCAAAUGGGACAAAAUCACAAUUCCCGAGUCAUUAGAAACCGGUGUAAUUGAUGAUAAGACGGGCAAAAUAAUAAACAUCAAUGCAGAUAACGAAGAGAUUAGUCUGCGCCAAGCUUUCGAGAUAGGUUUGCUCGUUGAUAGCAAAGCUUCAAUUAGUCUACAAAGAGCAUUGCACCAAGGACUCUAUGAUGAUAGCACCGGUAAAUUCAUCGAUCCCGCUACCAGUCGCAAAAUCACCUUGCAUGAGGCACUUAGGAGGUCAAUUAUCAGUCCCAAAUAUCUUUGCUAUUUCGAUAAAAAAUCUGAGAAGCCGCUGACUUUGGCGGAAUGUUGUCGUAGUGAGAUCAUUGAUAGGAGGACCGGCAAGUUCCACGAGCCGUGUUCUGACGUUCAAAUCCCUCUUUCCGAAGCCAUGAGCUUGGGUCUCAUCGUCGAUAUCGAAAGUGCAGGCUUCACUUUAUAUGACACGCUGGCUAUGAACUUAUACGACAUUGCCGAUCAAGUCUUUGUGCACCCCGUUACCGAAAGAAAAAUCUCCCUCAAAGACGCGAUAGUUGACGAAAUAAUACACCCUGAAACUUCAUUGAUCAAAAACAUUCCUACAAGCAAAUACAUCAAAUUAGAUGAAGCCAUUAAAUCGGGCAUUGUUGACGAUAGUAACAGCGUUUACGUUCUACCAAACGGAAAUCAAAUCAAUUUACUUGACGCUAAACACCGCGGUUUGGUAGUCACAGCUAAAAGAAACCUGAGCUUGGAGGAAAUCAUUAGGAACGGUUUGUUUAGGGCAGAUAAUGGAAAGAUAGUUGAUCCUAGCACCAACGAAUUCAUGGAUAUUACUAAGGCUAUUGAAACAAGUCUGAUGAACCCAGAGCUAACUGUGGUCAAGGACAGCUGCACCAACAAAUUCAAACCGCUGCCCCUAGCAAUUCAACAGGGUGACGUAGACGUUACGAAAGGAAGGGUUCUUGACACCAAAGCUAAGAAGACCUAUAGCUUGGACAUAGCGUUCGAUAAGGGUCUACUUGUAACCGUCGUUCAACCGAUUACUUCCCAAACGGUCACGAAGCGCCACGUCACUGACUCGUCCGCUCCUAAAGAAGCCAUGCUUAGAGAAUUCACGUUAGACGAAGCUAUUAAGUACGAAUUCAUUGAUCCCGAAACGGCGGUAAUCAAGGAUCCUCAUAAAAAUAAAUACAUUCCAUUAAAAUUAGGUAUUACUGAAGGUAUGAUUGAUAAGAAUGCUAAGGGAUCGUUUGAUCCUCAAACCGGUAGGUCGCGUACGCUUUGCUUCAUCUUUGAGAACGGUCUGAUCGUGUACGUCCGCGAGCCUCUAACGUUCGAGCAAGCGAUAGAACACGGUCACCUCAACAUCACGGCAGCUCGGUUUACUGAUCCACAUUCCAAAGAAGUACUUACCAUCAAAGACGCGGCCACGUUGGGCUAUAUAGAUCCGGACACAGCGCUAAUAAAAGAUAAUCUCAAGAAGAGGUUAGUAAAACUCCCUGAGGCAUUCCGUAAAGGCCUAAUGGACGCAGAAAAAGGCAAUAUUUUAGAUACAGAGACCUCUAAGCUAAACACGCUCCCAUCGGCUAUUGAGAGUGGCCUGCUAAUGACACCGAAGAAAAGUUUCAGUUUGAUCGAAACCCUGAACUUUGGCAUAUACAAUCCGACCACAGGAGCGUUGAAUGACCCGUUCAUAACUACGAGUGUAAUAGAUAGAAAAAGGUUGAACCUGGGCGAGGCCAUCCAACAAGGCAUCGUCGAUCCUUCAAGCACUGUCGUUAAAGAACCGGACACAGGCAAGAUCUGUCCGUUAGUUCAAGCCAUUGAACAGAAAGUGGUCGAUCCCGUUGAAGGCAGACUAGUUAUUGAUCCAACCAAAGCUAUCACAUUGGACUUAGUCAAAGCUCUAAAGAAGGGAUACCUACUGCCCGCAGAAACUAGGCAAGCAGUAGAGGAGAAGUACAGACUUUGCGACGAGACGCUGUCGAAGCUGUUGGAAUGGAUCGCGGUGGUGGAGGAGCGCCUCGCCAACCAGGAGGCCGUCAAGGAGGAUCUGGACGAGUUGCGCAACCAGAUCAAUAUUCUCAAGCUGAUCAAGGAUGACCUGGAGAGCCACCAGCGCCAGGUGUCGGCGUGCGCGGACCAGGCCAAGCAACUGCUCGUGUCCGGAGGAGACGUGCUGGCGCCGCAUGAGGUGGCAGCACUAGAGCGCGGCGUGCGACAACUGAAGCAGCGUUGCGACAAGUGCUCCGACAAGUGCGACAAGAUGCUGCGGCGACUCGCCGCGGCGCGCGACGAGCUCGGCAAAUUCAAUAACGAGCUGAACACCUUCAACACUUGGAUGGAGGGCGCGUACCGCACGCUGGAGGAGAAGGAGGCCGCGCUGUCGAAGCUGAAGAACCUGCCCGGGCAGAGCGAGGACGUGCGCGAGUUCGUGUCCGACGUGAUCGCGCACCAGGCCGACCUGCGCUUCAUCACCAUGGCCGCGCAGAAGUUCGUGGACGAGAGCAAGGAGUUCCUAACAAUCCUGAACGAGUACCGCACAUCGCUGCCCUCGCGCCUGUCGCACGUGCACCCGUCGGGCGACAGCGCGCUGCGGGAGGCGGCGGCGCUGGCGCGGCGGCGGCACGCGGAGCUGGCGGCGCGCGCGCAGCGCCUGCAGGAGCGGCUGCGCGGCGCCGCCGACGUCACCAAGCUGUACCACGACGCGCUGGACCGCGCGCAGCGGUGGAUGAAGGAGGUGGAGCCUCAAGCGCGCUCGGUGCUGUCGGAGCCCGUGGGCGGCGAGCCGCGCGCCGUGGAGACGCAGCUGGCGCGCGCCAAGGCGCUGCACUCGGAGAUCCUGGCGCAAGGCCGCCUCGUCGACAACGCUAAGGAUGCAUGCGACCAGCUAGUCAAAUCCCUGGAAGGCAAUCUGACACCAUCAGAGAUCCGGCAACUGGAGGUCCCGGUGCUGGACCUGACGGCGCGCUACGCGGAGCUGACGGGCGCCGUGGGCUCGCGCUGCCAGGAGCUGGAGGCGGCGCUGCUGCAGUGCCAGGGGCUGCAGGACGCCGCCGAGACGCAGGCGCAGUGGCUGCAGCAGGCCGAGACCCUGUUCAAAACGCAAUCAAAACCGGCGUCACUCAUCCGCGAGCGGCUCGACGAGCAAGUCCGCGAGCAGCGCAUCGCGCACGCGUCGCUGGAGGCGCGGCGCGCCACGCUCGGCAAGCUGCUCGGCCAGGCGCGCGACGCCGCCGCCAACCCCAGCAACGCCAGGAUCGCCAAGAAGCUGGAGCAGAGAGCGGAAGAUAUUUACAACAGAUACGAGAAACUACUCGAGCGCUCGACGAAGCGCAACGAGUUCCUGGAAAGUGUAUGGAGCGAGCUGUCUCACUUCACGCAGCUGGCCGGCAAGCUGGACGCCGCGCACGCGCAGCUGCUGGAGCAGGCCGACUCCAGGGAGCUGUCGAGGAUGAACGCCGAUGAGCUGCGCUCCAGGCUGAGCGAUUUGGCGCACUUCAGGGACGUACAAAUGCCGCUGCUGGACGAGUGCCUGCAGCAAGGCAAGCAGCUGAUCUCCAAGAAGGACGUCACCGACACACACGUCGUCCGUGACAGGAUGAAGCUCCUGGAGAACGCGUGGCGCGACUUCAACACGUCGCUGGAGGAGAAACAGAAGCUGUCCAAGCAACGCGCCGACCAGCUUAGCCAGUAUGAGACCCUCCGCGCUCAGGUGUUGGAGUGGCUGCAGUCGUUCGAGAACAGAGUGGGCCGCCUGCAGCCCGUGGCGCUCGACCUGGAAGUGCUCAAGCAGCAGGCCGACGAGCUGCGACCGCUGGCUAAGGAGUAUCGCGAUUACUCCAUUACUAUUGAUAAGGUGAACGAGGCGGGUGCCGUAUACGAAGCCCUGACACGUGGCGAACGCGUGGACAGCCCGCACCGCAAGAGGCAGCUCUACAGCCCCACCAAGCGACAGACGCCAGUACGCACCCUGGACGGUCGCUCGCCCUCGCCGACCAAGGGCCACGGCCUGGUGAGCCCGGGCUCCACGCACUCCACGUCCAGCGGCUUCUCAUCGCGCCGCUCCUCCAGCGACCAGCUACAUCUUGAAGAACUGUCGCCGGUACAACAACAGCUCUCCGAGAUCAACAACCGCUACAGCCUGCUCGGCACGAAGCUGGCCGACCGCCAGGGCGAGCUGGACGCCGUGCGCGAGGAGCUGCGGCGCCACGAGGACACCAUCCGCAACACGCACCACUUCCUGGACAAGGUCCAGAGGCAACUGCCGAAGGAUUGCGUCCCGAACACGAAGGAGGAAGCCGACAAGACUAUUAAGCAAGCCCGCGCCGUGCUCGAAGAGAUGUACGAGAAGCAGAGUGCGCUCGAUUCUGCCAAGACUCAGGUCCGCGAGCUGCUGAAGCGCAAGCAAGGCGUGGCGGGCGCCGACCGGCUGCACGACGCCAUGGAGGACGUCGUGUCGCGCUGGAGGAGCCUGCACGACGCCUGCAAGGACAAGAUCCGCCUAAUGGAGGAAGUAAAGGACUUCCAAGACACGCACAGCAACCUGUCGUCGUGGCUGCUGUCCAAGGACCGCAUGAUGACCGCGCUGGGACCCAUCUCCUCCGACUCGCGCAUGGUGCAGACGCAAGUGCAACAGGUGCAAGUCCUCCGCGAAGAGUUCCGCACGCAGCAGCCGCAGCUGUCCCACCUGGAGCAGGUGGCGGCCGGCGUGCUGGAGCGCCUGGAGCCGCGCUCGCCCGACGCAGAGAAGCUGCGCACCAAGCUCAAGGACCUGCAGGACCGCUGGAACGAUCUGCUCAACAAACUCGAGCAGCGCGCGUCAAGCCUGGGAGCGGCGGCGGACACGUCGCGCGAGUUCGACGCCGGCCUGGCGCGCCUGCGCGACGCGCUGCAGACCAUCGGCGACAAGCUCGACGACCUCGCCAUGGACAAGGAGCCCGAGGAGCAGCUCAGGAAGAUCGAGAACCUCGAGCGCCAACUGGAGGGUCAGCGGCCGCUGCUGGCGGACCUGGAGGCGGCGGGCGCGGCGCUGGCCGACGUGCUGGCGGACCCGGCCUCGCGCCAGGACAUACAGAGCAAGCUGGCCGCCGUCGGCCGCCAGUACGACAACCUGCAGAGGAAGCUGGACCACAGGAAGGCGGAGAUCGAGGCGGCGCUCAAGGACGGGCGCAACCUGGAGGAGAACGUGGCCCGCACGCUGGGCUGGCUGCAGUCGGAGCUGGGCGCGCUGCCCGGCAAGCUGCAGGUGUCGGCCGACAAGCACAAGCUGCAGCAGCAGCUGGAGCGCCACGAGCCGCUGUACCGCGACGUCACGCAGCGCGAGCACGAGCUCAUCAUGCUGCUCGACAAAGGUAACGUGGCCCGCACGCUGGGCUGGCUGCAGUCGGAGCUGGGCGCGCUGCCCGGCAAGCUGCAGGUGUCGGCCGACAAGCACAAGCUGCAGCAGCAGCUGGAGCGCCACGAGCCGCUGUACCGCGACGUCACGCAGCGCGAGCACGAGCUCAUCAUGCUGCUCGACAAAGGUAACGUGGCCCGCACGCUGGGCUGGCUGCAGUCGGAGCUGGGCGCGCUGCCCGGCAAGCUGCAGGUGUCGGCCGACAAGCACAAGCUGCAGCAGCAGCUGGAGCGCCACGAGCCGCUGUACCGCGACGUCACGCAGCGCGAGCACGAGCUCAUCAUGCUGCUCGACAAAGGUAACGUGGCCCGCACGCUGGGCUGGCUGCAGUCGGAGCUGGGCGCGCUGCCCGGCAAGCUGCAGGUGUCGGCCGACAAGCACAAGCUGCAGCAGCAGCUGGAGCGCCACGAGCCGCUGUACCGCGACGUCACGCAGCGCGAGCACGAGCUCAUCAUGCUGCUCGACAAAGGUAACGUGGCCCGCACGCUGGGCUGGCUGCAGUCGGAGCUGGGCGCGCUGCCCGGCAAGCUGCAGGUGUCGGCCGACAAGCACAAGCUGCAGCAGCAGCUGGAGCGCCACGAGCCGCUGUACCGCGACGUCACGCAGCGCGAGCACGAGCUCAUCAUGCUGCUCGACAAAGGUCGUGAGAUGGAGAAGAAGCCCGCUCACCAAGGCUUACGCAAGGACCUGGAUCGCGUGCAGACGCAGUGGGAGAAACUCAAGCGGGAGACUUACGACCGACACACACGUCUACAGGCUGCCAUGGAGCACUGCCGCAAAUACUCGAAGGCGCAAGAGAACUUCCUGCCCUGGAUCUCGGAGGCGGAGGAGCGAGUCGGCAAGCUGACGCCCGCCGUGUUCACCAAGCGGGACGUGGAGAAGCAGCUGCGGGAGCUGCAGACCAUCAGGAACGACAUCUGGAAGAGAUCUGGUGAAUACGAAAACAACAAGACCCUGGGCGAGACGUUCAUCUCGGCCUGCGACGUGGACCAGGACAUCGUGCGAUCUCAGCUCGAUAGCAUGAAGCAGAGAUGGGACCGCCUCAACAACGAGGUCCUCCAGCAAGUGGAAUUCCUGGAGUCCACCGCGCGCAAGCUCGGCGAGUUCCAGGAGCGCGUGCGCGCGGUGGAGACGCCGCUGCAGCGCUGCGAGGAGCGCCUGCAGGACGCGCUGGCCGCGCCGCCCGCGCAGGCCGCCGAGGCCGUCGCGCGCGUCGCCGACACCGUGCAGGCGCUGCGCGCGCCGCUGCAGAGCGUAAACGCGGCAGUGGACGACAUCGUGACGAUGGCGCACGAGAUGGCCGGGCCGGACGCGGCCGGGCGCGCGCGGCAGGUGCUGGACGCCACGGCGGGCGCGCUGGCCGAGCGGCUGGACGAGCUGGACGCGAAGGCUGGAGACGCCCGCGACCGCCUCGCUGGCGCUGCUAGCGCUAUGACGCACUUCCAGGAGAAAGUCAAGAGCCUAUCGGCUGACCUCUCAGACUUGGAAAAGGAACUAGACACGAUGAAGCCGCCCGGGCGCGACAUGAAGACCGUCCGGCAGCAGCUGGACGACAUGACGCGCUUCUACAAGCGGCUGGAGCGCGCCGACGACGCGGUGGCCGACGCGGCGCGCGCGGCCGAGGGGCUGGCCGACGGCGGCUACGCGGGCGACGCCGCCAACACGAGGAACCAGGUUGAAGGCCUCCGUAAGCAACUGGGCAAGCUGGACGAGCGCGCCCGCGCCCGCGAGCAGGACCUGGACGACACGCUCAGCAAGCUCGAGGCCUUCUACAAGGCCUACGACUCCGUCAUGGACGACGUUCAGGAGGCCUCGGAGCAGGUCCGCAGCCUGAAGGCGGUGUCGUCGGAGGUGGAGCAGAUCCGCGCGCAGCAGAAGGACUUCGCGGAGCUGCGGCGCCGCACGCUGGAGCCGCUCGGCCACAACGUGGCGCACUGCAACAAGAUCGGCCAGGCGCUCGUGCGCUCCGCGCUCGCCUCCGUCUCCACGCACCAGCUCGAGAAGGACCUCGAGAAAAUGAACGACAAGUGGAACGCGCUCAAGGAGAAGAUGAACGAGCGCGAGCGCCGCCUGGACGUGGGUCUGCUGCAGUCGGGCAAGUUCGCCGAGGCGCUGGCCGGCCUGGACAAGUGGCUGUCCGACACCGAGGACAUGGUGCGCAACCAGAAGCCGCCCUCCGCCGACUACAAGGUCGUCAAGGCGCAGCUGCAGGAGCAGAAGUUCCUGAAGAAGAUGCUGAUGGACCGUCAGAACAGCAUGUCGUCGCUGUUCGCGAUGGGCAACGAGGUGGCGGCCGGCUGCGACAGCGGCGAGCGCAAGGCCAUCGAGAAGCAGCUCAAGGGGCUCAUGCAGCGCUUCGACGCGCUCACCGACGGCGCGCAGCAGCGCAUGCUCGACCUCGAGCAGGCUAUGAAGGUUGCAAAACAAUUCCAAGAAGAACUGCAGCCCCUAGUGGAGUGGCUGACCAGCACCGAGCGCAAGGUCAAGGCGUUGGAGCUCGUGCCCACGGACGAAGAGAAGAUCCAACUCAAGAUCAGGGAGCACAAGGCGUUGCACGACGACGUACUAUCGAAGCAGGGCGCCUUCCAACAAUUGACGGAGACGGCGUCGGCGCUCAUGGCGCUCGUCGGCGACGACGAGGCCGCCGCGCUCGCCGACCGCCUGCAGGCCGCUACUGACAGAUACCAAGCCCUGGUGGAGCACAGCCUGAACAUCGGCGAGCUGCUGGACAACUCGCGCAAGGGGCUGCGGCACCUGGUGCUCACGUACCAGGACCUGUCGGCCUGGAUGGACGGCAUGGAGCAGUACCUCGCCAAGAGGAAGGUGCUGCCGGUACACAUGGAGAAGCUGCUGCGGCAGAUGGACGAGCUGGCCGAAAAAACCGAGGAGAUAGCCUCGAAACAAGAGGCCGUAGACAGCACCGUGGACUCCGGUCUGGAGCUGAUGAAGCACAUCUCCGGCGACGAGGCGCUGCAGCUGAAGGACAAGCUGGACGCGCUGCAGCGGCGGUACAACGACCUCACCAGCAAGGGCGCUGACCUGCUGCGGAUCGCCUCGGAGACGCUGCCGCUGGUGCAGCAGUUCUUCAAUGCUCAUAACAGCUUGACGGAAUGGAUGUCAGGCGCGGAAUCGUGCUUACAAUCCGUGGAGCCUCGCGAGGAGGACAUCCUGCGCCUGGAGGGCGAGCUGCAGGAGUUCCGGCCGCUGCUGGACAGCAUCAACCUGCUCGGGCCGCAGCUGUGCCAGAUCUCGCCCGGCGAGGGCGCCGCCCACGUGGAGGGCCUCGUCACCCGCGACAACCGCCGCUUCGAUGCCAUCGCCGAGCAGGUGCAGCGCAAGGCCGAGAGGCUGCUGCUCAGCAAGAAGCGCUCCCUGGAAGUGGUGGGCGACAUGGAGGAGCUGCUGGAGUGGCUGCGCACGGUGUUCGCGCAGCUGCGCGGCGCGGAGCCGCCGUCCAGCCAGCCGGCGCUGGUGCGCGCGCAGCUCAAGGCGCAGCGCCCGCUCAACGACGACGUGGCCGCGCAGCGCGUGCGCGUGCGCGACCUGCUCUCGCAGGCCAAGAAGGUACCGUACUCCUUAUUACAUGGAGGAGCUGCUGGAGUGGCUGCGCACCGUGUUGGAGCCGCCGUCCAGCCAGCCGGCGCUGGUGCGCGCGCAGCUCAAGGCGCAGCGCCCGCUCAACGACGACGUGGCCGCGCAGCGCGUGCGCGUGCGCGACCUGCUCUCGCAGGCCAAGAAGGUACCGUACUCCUUAUUACAUGGAGGAGCUGCUGGAGUGGCUGCGCACCGUGUUGGAGCCGCCGUCCAGCCAGCCGGCGCUGGUGCGCGCGCAGCUCAAGGCGCAGCGCCCGCUCAACGACGACGUGGCCGCGCAGCGCGUGCGCGUGCGCGACCUGCUCUCGCAGGCCAAGAAGGUACCGUACUCCUUAUUACAUGGAGGAGCUGCUGGAGUGGCUGCGCACCGUGUUGGAGCCGCCGUCCAGCCAGCCGGCGCUGGUGCGCGCGCAGCUCAAGGCGCAGCGCCCGCUCAACGACGACGUGGCCGCGCAGCGCGUGCGCGUGCGCGACCUGCUCUCGCAGGCCAAGAAGGUACCGUACUCCUUAUUACAUGGAGGAGCUGCUGGAGUGGCUGCGCACCGUGUUGGAGCCGCCGUCCAGCCAGCCGGCGCUGGUGCGCGCGCAGCUCAAGGCGCAGCGCCCGCUCAACGACGACGUGGCCGCGCAGCGCGUGCGCGUGCGCGACCUGCUCUCGCAGGCCAAGAAGGUACCGUACUCCUUAUUACAUGGAGGAGCUGCUGGAGUGGCUGCGCACCGUGUUGGAGCCGCCGUCCAGCCAGCCGGCGCUGGUGCGCGCGCAGCUCAAGGCGCAGCGCCCGCUCAACGACGACGUGGCCGCGCAGCGCGUGCGCGUGCGCGACCUGCUCUCGCAGGCCAAGAAGGUACCGUACUCCUUAUUACAUGGAGGAGCUGCUGGAGUGGCUGCGCACCGUGUUGGAGCCGCCGUCCAGCCAGCCGGCGCUGGUGCGCGCGCAGCUCAAGGCGCAGCGCCCGCUCAACGACGACGUGGCCGCGCAGCGCGUGCGCGUGCGCGACCUGCUCUCGCAGGCCAAGAAGGUACCGUACUCCUUAUUACAUGGAGGAGCUGCUGGAGUGGCUGCGCACCGUGUUGGAGCCGCCGUCCAGCCAGCCGGCGCUGGUGCGCGCGCAGCUCAAGGCGCAGCGCCCGCUCAACGACGACGUGGCCGCGCAGCGCGUGCGCGUGCGCGACCUGCUCUCGCAGGCCAAGAAGGUACCGUACUCCUUAUUACAUGGAGGAGCUGCUGGAGUGGCUGCGCACCGUGUUGGAGCCGCCGUCCAGCCAGCCGGCGCUGGUGCGCGCGCAGCUCAAGGCGCAGCGCCCGCUCAACGACGACGUGGCCGCGCAGCGCGUGCGCGUGCGCGACCUGCUCUCGCAGGCCAAGAAGGUACCGUACUCCUUAUUACAUGGAGGAGCUGCUGGAGUGGCUGCGCACCGUGUUGGAGCCGCCGUCCAGCCAGCCGGCGCUGGUGCGCGCGCAGCUCAAGGCGCAGCGCCCGCUCAACGACGACGUGGCCGCGCAGCGCGUGCGCGUGCGCGACCUGCUCUCGCAGGCCAAGAAGGUACCGUACUCCUUAUUACAUGGAGGAGCUGCUGGAGUGGCUGCGCACCGUGUUGGAGCCGCCGUCCAGCCAGCCGGCGCUGGUGCGCGCGCAGCUCAAGGCGCAGCGCCCGCUCAACGACGACGUGGCCGCGCAGCGCGUGCGCGUGCGCGACCUGCUCUCGCAGGCCAAGAAGGUACCGUACUCCUUAUUACAUGGAGGAGCUGCUGGAGUGGCUGCGCACCGUGUUGGAGCCGCCGUCCAGCCAGCCGGCGCUGGUGCGCGCGCAGCUCAAGGCGCAGCGCCCGCUCAACGACGACGUGGCCGCGCAGCGCGUGCGCGUGCGCGACCUGCUCUCGCAGGCCAAGAAGGUACCGUACUCCUUAUUACAUGGAGGAGCUGCUGGAGUGGCUGCGCACCGUGUUGGAGCCGCCGUCCAGCCAGCCGGCGCUGGUGCGCGCGCAGCUCAAGGCGCAGCGCCCGCUCAACGACGACGUGGCCGCGCAGCGCGUGCGCGUGCGCGACCUGCUCUCGCAGGCCAAGAAGGUACCGUACUCCUUAUUACAUGGAGGAGCUGCUGGAGUGGCUGCGCACCGUGUUGGAGCCGCCGUCCAGCCAGCCGGCGCUGGUGCGCGCGCAGCUCAAGGCGCAGCGCCCGCUCAACGACGACGUGGCCGCGCAGCGCGUGCGCGUGCGCGACCUGCUCUCGCAGGCCAAGAAGGUACCGUACUCCUUAUUACAUGGAGGAGCUGCUGGAGUGGCUGCGCACCGUGUUGGAGCCGCCGUCCAGCCAGCCGGCGCUGGUGCGCGCGCAGCUCAAGGCGCAGCGCCCGCUCAACGACGACGUGGCCGCGCAGCGCGUGCGCGUGCGCGACCUGCUCUCGCAGGCCAAGAAGGUACCGUACUCCUUAUUACAUGGAGGAGCUGCUGGAGUGGCUGCGCACCGUGUUGGAGCCGCCGUCCAGCCAGCCGGCGCUGGUGCGCGCGCAGCUCAAGGCGCAGCGCCCGCUCAACGACGACGUGGCCGCGCAGCGCGUGCGCGUGCGCGACCUGCUCUCGCAGGCCAAGAAGGUUCUCCGCGAGUGCCAGUCAUCGGAGGAGACGGCCGUGAUCCGCGACCGCAGCGAGGAGCUGAAGGAGAUGAUGGAGGAGGUGGGGCAGCUCAGCGCCGAGCGCCUCGCCGCGCUCGAGCAGGCCUUGCCUCUGGCCGAGCACUUCGCCGACACACAUCACGGACUGUCGAUGUGGUUGGACGACAUGGAGAAACAAAUCGAGAUGCUGGCCAUGCCGGCGCUGCGCCCCGAGCAGAUCGCGCAGCAGCAGGACAAGAACGAGAUGCUGCAGCAGUCGAUCCUGGGGCACAAGCCGCUGGUGGACAAGCUGGUGAAGACCGGCGAGGCGCUGGUGCGGCUGGUGGGCGAGGAGGACGCCGGCAAGGUGCAGGACGUGGUGGAGGCGGACUGCGAGCGCUACAACGCGCUGCGCGCCGAGCUGCGCGCCCGCCAGCAGGCGCUCGAGCAGGCACUGCAAGAGUCAUCACAGUUCUCAGACAAGCUGGAGGGUAUGCUGCGCGCGCUGGCCGGCACUCAGGACCAGCUGCAACGCGCCGAGCCCGUCUCUGCUCAUCCGCCCAAGAUUGAAGACCAAAUCGAGGAGAACAACGCCUUGAUCGAAGACCUGGAGAAGCGUACCGAGGCGUACAACGCGGUGCAGCGCGCCGCCUCCGACGUGAUCAGCAAGGCCAACAAGAGCGACCCCGCCGUGCGCGACAUCCGCAACAAGCUUGACAAGCUGCACAAACUAUGGGACGACGUGCAAAAGGCGACGUCGGACCGCGGGCACUCGCUGGACAGCGCGCUGGAGGUGGCACGCAAGUUCUGGCAGCAGCUGGACGCGCUGAUGGCCACGCUGGCCGAGCUGGAGGACACGCUCACGGCGCAGCCGCCGCCCGCCGCGCAGCCGCGCGCCAUCCAGGCGCAGCAGGUCGCACUGCAGGAGAUCCGCCACGAGAUCGACCACACCAAGCCGGAGGUGGAGAAAGUCCGCAAGACAGGCUCACACCUGAUGUCGCUGUGCGGCGAGCCGGACAAGCCCGAGGUGAAGAAGCACAUGGAGGACCUGGACAGCGCGUGGGACAACGUCACCGCGCUCUACGCGCGCCGCGAGGAGAACCUCAUCGACGCCAUGGAGAAGGCCAUGGAGUUCCACGACACGCUGCAGAACCUACAAGAAUUCCUGGACAAGGCAGAAGACAAGUUCUCCCGCAUGGGAGCGCUCGGCUCCGACAUCGACGCCGUGAAGAGGCAGAUCUCGCAGCUGGCCUCGUUCAAGCAGGAGGUCGACCCGCACAUGGUGAAGGUCGAGGCCCUCAACAGGAGUUUGAUGAGGCAAGCUCAGGAGCUGACGGAGCGCACGUCGUCGGAGCAAGCGGCCGCCAUCAAGCAGCCGCUGACGGAGGUGAACGCGCGCUGGGCGGCGCUGCUGCGCGGCAUGGUGGAGCGCCAGCAGCAGCUGGAGCGCGCGCUGCUGCGCCUGGGCCAGCUGCAGCACGCGCUGCGGGAGCUGCUCGCCUGGAUCAACCACACCAGCGACACGCUCGACACGCUCAAGCCGGUGGCCGGAGACCCUCAGAUCCUGGAGGUGGAGCUGGCCAAGCUGAAGGUGCUGGUGAACGACAUCGCGGCGCACCAGGCGUCCGUGGACACGCUCAACGACGCCGGCGCGCAGAUCGUGCAGCAGGGUACGGGCACCGACGAGGCGAGCGAGACGGCGGAGAAGCUGAGCACCCUGAACAGGAGGUGGCGCGAGCUGCAGCAGAAGGCGCGAGACCGCCAGGCCGAGCUCGAGGACGCGCUCAGGGAAGCCCAGAGCUUCAACGCGGAGAUCGGCGACCUGCUGUCUUGGCUGUCGGAGGUGGACGGCGUCAUCGCCGCCUCCAAGCCCGUCGGCGGUCUGCCCGAGACCGCCUCAGAACAGCUCGAGAGGUUCAUGGAGGUGUACAAUGAGAUUGAAGCCAACCGACCGAAGGUGGAGGCCGUAUUGCAACAAGGCCAAGAGUACCUGCGUCGGCAGGAGAAACCCAACCCCUCCAGCCAACUGCAUCAAAACCUCAAAAACCUCAAGUCGCGAUGGGACAAUAUCACUGCCAGAGCAUCGGACAAGAAGAUCAAGCUGGAGAUCGCGCUGAAGGAGGCGACGGAGUUCCACGACGCGCUCCAGGCCUUCGUCGACUGGCUCACCGGCGCCGAGAAGACCCUCACCUCUGCCAAGCCCGUGUCCAGGGUUAUGGAGACCUUGUUAGUUCAAAUCGAGGAGCACAAAUCGUUCCAAAAGGAAGUAGCGACGCACCGCGAGACCAUGCUGCACCUGGACAAGAAGGGCACGCACCUGAAGUACUUCAGCCAGAAGCAGGACGUGAUCCUCAUCAAGAACCUGCUGGUGUCCGUGCAGCACCGCUGGGAGCGCGUCGUGGCCAAGUGCGCCGAGCGCACCCGGGCGCUCGACCACGGCGUCAAGGAGGCCAAGGAGUUCAGCGACAUGUGGAACAACCUGAUGAACUGGCUCAACGAUACCGACAAACAGCUAGACGAUCUCAACUCAGAGACCACCGUCAACGACCCGGAGAAGAUCAAACAGAGACUGUCGAAGCACCGCGAGUUCCAAAAGGCGCUGGCGGCCAAGCAGCCCGUGUACGACCAGACGCAGAAGGUCGGCAAGACGCUCAAGGACAAGGCGCCCAAGACCGACGAGCCCACGCUGCGCACCAUGCUGCAGGACCUCAAGACCAAGUGGACCACCGUCUGCUCGAAGGCCGUCGACCGACAACGCAAGCUGGAAGAGGCGCUGCUGUACUCCGGGCAGUUCAAAGACGCGAUGUCUGCGCUGCUGGAGUGGCUGAAGAAGCAGCAGACCAAGCUGGCCGCCGACUCGCCCGUGCACGGCGACCUCGACACCGUCAUGGCGCUCAUUGAGCAGCAUAAGCAAUUCGAGGAAGAUUUCCACUCUCGCGAACAACAAAUGCAGUCUGUACUGAAGACCGGAAAAGAUCUGGAAGCCACGGUGCCGCGCGAAGACGCGAGCAGCAUCCGUCAGCAGUGCAGCGAACUGAAGCAGGCUUGGGAUUCCGUCCAAAGCUUAAGCGAGAAGAAAGCACACCGACUAGAAUCUGCACUCAAGGAGGCUGAGAAACUCCACAAAUCCGUAAACAUGCUCCUCGAAUGGCUCUCCGACGCCGAGACCAAGCUGCGCUUCUCCGGACAACUGCCGGAGGGCGACCAGGAAACACAACAGCAGAUACGAGACCACGAGCGGUUCAUCCGAGAACUCAAGGAGAAGCAGCGCGACAAGGACGACACCAUCACGCUGGCCCACUCUAUCUUGGGCAAGGCGCAUCCUGACGCGGUGACGGUCAUCAAACACUGGAUCACCAUCAUACAAAGCCGGUGGGAUGAGGUGUGGCAAUGGGCGAUGCAGCGCGGCGGCAAGCUGGAGACGCACAUGCAGAGCCUCAAGGACCUGGAUUCCGUGCUGGAAGAGCUGCUGCAGUGGCUCAUGGGACUCGAAAACACCCUGCUCUCACUGGAAGCGGAGCCCCUGCCGGAAUCCAUCGAGCUGCUGGAGGGCCUCAUCGAGGACCACAAGGAGCUCAUGGAGCACACGCAGAAGAGGCAGAACGAGGUCGACCGCGUCUGCAAGGCCUACCAGGUCAAGAGUCAAAGCCAAGGAAGGGAGUCGACACCACGCAAGGUUUCGGCGAAGUCCGCUGUCAAGGGUGCACCUGGGCGCGGAUCGCAGCAUGACCUGAACAGGGAACGAUCGGUGUCGCCCGACUAUUACGGCUCUAGGCGGUACAGGUCCAGGAUUCACCCUCGAAGUAGGAGAGGAAGUCGCGUGAGCCCGGGCCGCGAGACGCCCGACCGCAGCCUGCCGCACUACGGGCCGCGGUUCCCGCCGAGGGGCAGCAAGGGCGCCGAGCCGGAGUUCCGUUCGCCGCGCGUGCGUCAACUGUGGGACAAGUGGCGCACCGUGUGGCUGCUGGCGUGGGAGCGCCAGCGCCGCCUGCACGAGCGCCUCGCGCACCUCAAGGAGCUGCAGCGCGUCUCCAACUUCAGCUGGGACGACUGGAGGAAGCGGUUCCUGAAGUUCAUGAACCACAAGAAGUCCCGCCUGACGGACCUGUUCCGCAAGAUGGACAAGGACAACAACGGACUCAUCCCGCGCAACGAGUUCAUCGACGGCAUCAUCAACACCAAAUUCGACACAUCCCGACUGGAAAUGGGCGCCGUGGCCGACCUGUUCGACAGGAACGGCAGCGGACUCAUCGACUGGGAGGAGUUCAUCGCGGCGCUGCGGCCCGACUGGGUGGAGAGGCGCGGGCCGCCGACGGACGCCGACAAGAUCCACGACGAGGUGAAGCGGCUGGUGAUGCUGUGCACGUGCCGGCAGAAGUUCCGCGUGUUCCAGGUCGGCGAGGGCAAGUACCGGUUCGGCGACUCACAAAAGCUGCGCCUAGUGCGCAUCCUGCGCUCCACCGUGAUGGUGCGCGUGGGCGGCGGCUGGGUGGCGCUGGACGAGUUCCUCGUCAAGAACGACCCGUGCCGAGCCGAGGAGUUUUUGGAGCAGCUGAAGCCUAUAUUUGAGGCAUUAAGACAACGAGAAGAGCUUCCGUGUUCGUACCCGCUGCACGUCGGUUCCACGCAUGGCACAAAGCAGGCCUUCAUAUACGGCCACUCAAGAUCUCAGGGCUCAACGACGCCGGGCGCGCAUCACUACACGCAUCACCACGGCUACCAACCCUCUCCAGGAUACCACUGGGUGCGCGAACGUACGGCGCGCUCGGUGCCUAUGUCAGGAGGCGUGCAAGGACGUGCCUCGCGUUCAUCACUUAGUGCUGGAACGCCCGACUCCCUCAGCGAUAACGAAGCCGCUAGUGGACUCGGAGCAAGAUAUAGAAAGCCCAGUGUGCCAAGAUCAACAUUGACGCCUGGAGGUUCACGGCCAGGUUCCAGACCGGGAUCGAGGACAGGCUCCAAGCCUCCUUCGAGACAUGGAUCUAAUCUCUCAUUAGAUAGUACAGAUGACGUAUUAACGCCUUCCCGCAUACCGAUGCGCAAAGUGACAAACACGCGUGCAUCGACGGCGCGCGCGGCGGCCAACGCCGCUAAGCUCGGCGUGGCCACGCCCAACGGCGGCUCGCGGCCCCGCACUCCCACCGGCCUCCUCACGCCAGCUAGUGGAAGGUACACUAGCGGAGCGAUGUACCGCACGUCCAGUAUACCAACACUGUCGCCGGUCCCGGCGCUCGUGAGCUCGACACAUUCCCAACCAUCCUCAAUGGUUUCCGAACUUCCCAAAUCUGCGUCUCACACUCAUCCCGCAUUCCAUACCCAGGGCUCUACAAAAAUCCCUGUGUACGUGGGCACCCGAUCCCAAAGGUCCCCGUCAGUCGAGAGACGGCUGAAAAUAUCCCAAUCCCGAGAAAUGUCCCAGGAACCUAGUCCUACCUCUCAAGAUCCUUCGAGGAAAUCCGAGCAGAGAAGUCCGGAAGAUGACUCCUCGUUAUUCAGUAUAUCGGGAAUGACCAGCGACAAUGAAUAUGAGAGUAACAUAAGCGAGUCGAGUGGCGACGCAUCAAAGCCGACCCAGCGAGACAUCAAAGGGAGCGGGUCGUUUGCCUCGACCGAUGGCCACACUCCCGGCCGCAGCCGUAUACCAGUGCUUAAGGAUCACCAUACUAACAGUAAUUCCAAUAGGCAAAGGACACCAUCCGGCAGCACGACGCCAGUGCGGCCGGGGCAGCAGACAGCGGUGUCGCGGUUGUUGCGAAAGCCGUCGGACGCGUCCGACAGCGGAGCGCCUGCCACGCCGGGCUCUCGCCGCGGCACGCCCGCAUCUUCGAGAACGACCGAAAAGCGCGAACCAUUCAGGCUCUAGACGUUUUAAGGACGAUAUGAAAACCGCUCUAAUCACUACACUGCUAAAGAAAAAAUGUCUUCCAAAGAUAUUUUUUUCCUAAUAGUGAAGUUUGCGGAUAAUAGUUACCUGUGUGAUGAGAGUCGCUUUGACUUGUGAUAUUACGUAUUCACGAUUUUCCUUUCUUUGCUUAAUUGUACUUGAUGUCUAGGCCAAAUAUAUGUAAAUUUAUUCCAUCUUUUAAAAAUCUAUUUGAGUCGUUGCGACUGUCAUGAGCAUAGAUAAUGUUAUAAUUAAUACUAACCGAGAAUUAACCGAUUCGCGAAUUAAGCAAAGCUUAAUUUUAUAAAAGAACGAAUUUGCGAAUGUGGCUUUUUAGUUAAGUUAAAGUUAUUAGAUGGUAGUAGUAAAACGUAAAGUCUGCACUUGUUGCCUUGUAUACUUAUUUUUUUUCUACAAUAUGUGCAGUUUUGUGCACAUUGGAUUACUUUAUUUAUUUUGUGCUGUCAGUAUUCUUCAGUUAACUCUUGCGGUGUCUAAGCAAGAUAUUAUUUCUGUAUCAAUGUGAAUAUUCCCCCAUUCUCUUAUUUAUUGUCAACGUUGCCAUAUGUUAGUGUAUGUUUUGUAUGUAAAAUACGUAUUACAGUCUCUCUAUUGAGACUGGCUGGACGGAAAAGUGUGAUUUUGUAACCUUUUUGUAAUAUUGUUUUUCUUUUAGGGACCAUUUUGUAAACGAACGAACUAUUGAGUAGGUAAUGGCAGGCCAGCGUUUGUAUUAGUCGAAUUCACGCGCGUCGUAUACGCCAGACUUCGUGUGUUGAUAGCCCAAUAACAAAUUUUGGCCAGUCAUUUGUUAAGGUGAUAAAUAGUCGUUGAGUGAUUAAUUUUGUAUGCACAAUCAUGUCUUCAUUAUUUCACUUUUAAUUAUUUUGUGUUCACUUUAUUGGUAUGAAUGAUUUGAUGGUUAUCAUUCGAUAUCGUAUGUACACAUUAUGUACAUGUUAUUGUAUUUAUACGGUGAUAUUGCACAAUUAUUUGUUAUAACGGGAAUAAAGUGUUAUUUGGUUAACAAAGAGCAUAAAGUGCACACUGCUAUCGCCAAAGCGCUGUGCCUUUUAUGUGUAAAAUAUCUGCUCAUGAGAAUAAUUCCAAAACGGACUUUUAUGUUUAAGAGAUUUAACUAAAGUACACGUUGUCGCAAAAGACAUUACUUCUAAAUGGUAAGAAUAACUUUGAUGUAUGAAACGUAAUGCUUUAAAAUGUAACCUUCCUUCAUUUUAUAAAAAAAUGUUAACCAACACUCACACUUAUAUUUGUUAGUUUUUAUCUUAAAUCUGACUCUACAAUUAAGUCUUUAUUAUUAGUUAUUAAACUAUUAAUCUGGUCAUUUUUAUUUAAAUCAUUGUUAUAUUUGUUAAAUGUAAAAUCAAAGCAACUAAAAAGCUUGCAAUAUUUUUUUUAUAAAAUAAAUAAUGAUUCUGAAGA